AUGCUCCCAAACCGUGAAGCUAUUGUUGUCGACAAACUGAUUUCAAAAUACCAAGCUGCGGAGUAUAUUUUGACCCUUCCUAUCAGUUUUGUUCAAAGGGCCUUUGGGAUUAAACCUGAUCAAGUCGACGUUGUCGAUGAUGCUGGUGUGUGUUACAAGGUCCACGUUCGCUCGAAGCCAAGUCGGCCUCGAGAGUGCUAUUUCGCUAAGGGGUGGAGGCCUUUUAGUCAGCACCACAUGCUGCGUACUGGAAGCGCCAUUAGGCUAAUGCAUCUACAAUUCUCUGCAGUUACUCAGCUGCUGGACUCAUAUUUUCUUCUUGUGCUUCUUCGAGACCCAAAUCCAAUCCACCAAAUGGAUCAGAAAUUUGAUUCUGUGAAAGACCUUUCUCUCAUUUCAAAGAAGAACUGGUGCAUUAAAGUAAAAAUUUUGAGGAUGUGGAAGGUUCCGUCAUAUGAAAAGAGCUACUCGCAACCUUCAAUGGAGUUGGUUGUCAUUGACAAAGAUGGAACUCAGAUCCAUUUUUUCAUCCGGUCUGUCCAUUAUCGACUUUUUGAACCUAUCCUUGAGGAGGGAAAGGUGUUUGUUGUGGGCAACUUCGCAAUGGACUCAAACACACAGAAAUACAGACCUACCAAGCAUAGCAUGCGGAUCAUAUUUAAGAGGGACACAUUGGUGUCUGGUGCUGAUGACAUGGAUAUUCCAAUUGAGUCAUUUGAUUUCGUGGCAACCAAGGAAAUCUUAUCAUCCGUUAAGGAUGACUUAUAUCUUAUUGAUUUUGUUGGUCUACUGUCCACAAAGAGUGAGUUGAUUCCUUUUGAAUAUAGGAAUCGGAAGUCACAUUACAUGAAAAUCGAGCUUGAUGAUCUAAGUGGCAGUGAGAAACUUUCAUGCACCUUGUGGGAAAAUUAUGCCUCUGAAUUGAUAACUCUUCUUGAUGCGAACAAGGCCACUGAAUUUAUAAUUGUGCUCCAAUUUGCCAAGAUGAAGUUCUACAAUGGUGUUAUGACUAUAACCAACACAAACUACACCACAAGGCUCAUGGUUAAUGCUGAUCUUGAAGUGGUUAAGAAAUUCCGUCAAAAGCUGAUUCGACUUGGUAGCAAGCACAGCACCAGCGUUGAAGUUAUUGGCCGGGUAGUGAGGCAUUCUCCAUCUGAAGAUUUUCUCAGCCUUACCCCUUAUGCUACCAUACAUCAAAUAAAGGAAACUCUUGAGAAAUCAACCUUUGUCACAUGUGGAACGGUAAUUGACAUUGACAGGGAUCAUGCAUGGUGGUACAAGGCUUGCAGGCAAUGCACCCAGGGACUGGAAGCACUUACUAACCAAUUUUAUUGUGCAAAGUGCGAUGUUUACUCUACAAUUUUUGCCCCCAGGUUCUGCAUUCAGGUUUGUGUUGGUGAUGAGUCAGAUACCGCAACUUUUGUUCUAUUUGAGAAUUGUGCGUCAAAGUUCUUAGGUCUAACUGCCGCUGAGAUCCGCACCAGACUGCUUGCUAGGCUGCCAACUUACUGGCUUCUUCUGUUCAACAACCAGGGAUAUGGAAGAGACCAUUUCCCAAAUGAGCUUAAUACACUGAUUGGGAGGACACUUCUGUUCAAGCUUACUGUUAGGCAUGAUAGCUUAAAUAAAUUUCAGCAGUGCGUGAUUACCGUUUCAAGGAUAUGUUCUGACCCAGACAUUAUCUCCUCACUUGCUUUAGAAAAGAACAUUAAAUUGGUGUGUGUCGUUGAGUGCUCCACAGAGGACUUUCAAUUACCAUUGCUUAUUCAAAUCAAUGACUUGGUUGGGUCUGAGAGCAUACUCGGCGUCCCUGGAUCCACCACCACUCCGAGUCCCAAUUCUGAUGCAGUUUCUGGUCACGGGGCUGCCCACGUGGUUACACAUACUCCUGUUAAGCGGGUUUGCAUUAGAUCCGGUGGCGACUUCUCAUCCCGUGCCACACCCUCUGCCUCCAAGAGUCUCCUCCCUGCCUUUGAGAGCUGCGUCCCAGGGAAUGUCACCAACCCUGAUGCAGGGGACAUAUGA